AGAAGGGGGAACACACGCGCACGGUGGAGAGAUAACGGUUUUAGGAGAGUUUGAACGAGCGUCCGCGCAGAUUUUGCGCUGCGCCGCAGAGAGACACGGACACUCGUGACGCUAUGACGCGUCUCCGCAGGUCGUCAGCGGGCAUGUCGCCCCUGUAGGUGACGUUUCAAGUCGUCGCACGUAAGGUGGCUUAUUUUUUCACGCGGUCCGUCUGAACUGGAUGCCCAACGAGGGAAGGAGCGCGCGCGCAACAAGUGGAGUUUGGCACGGAGAGGCCGAAAUCUCUCUCCUACGUAGCGGCUGCAUGGAGGAGCGGAAGGAGCUCGGCAGCGGCCGGGACUCGACCGAGGAGGAGAGCAUGUCCCUCCCGUCCCCUCCGAUGAUUAUUCCCCAUCAGGUUGCUCAGCAGGCUCACAGAACCACCAACUUUUUCAUCGACAACAUCCUCCGGCCGGACUUUGGCUGCAAAAAGGAGGCCAGUUACCGCGAGCGGAACCAGCCGGCUGCCAGAGAGAGCCUCCACCCCCCUCACAGCCUCUGCCUGGACUCCAACUGUAGCAGCGACAGCACCUCUUCAUCGCCCUCCUCCUCUUCCUCCUCUUCCUCCUCGCCGUCCUCCAAGCAGAACACGUCGAAACAAGGCGAAGCGGCGAGUAACGGGACCGGCAGAUACGCGGACAGUCCGUCGUCUAUUGUGGUUAUGAGUGGCAGCAAUGGAGGAUCCCCAACCUUAGCCAAGGACAACCAGUCGCUGCUGUGGCCCGCGUGGGUUUACUGUACACGGUACUCGGACCGGCCCUCAUCUGGCCCGAGGACACGCAAACUGAAAAAGAAGAAGAACAGUAAGGAGGACAAACGGCCGCGCACGGCCUUCACGGCCGAGCAGCUGCAGAGACUGAAAACAGAGUUCCAGGCGAACCGCUACAUAACGGAGCAGCGAAGACAGUCCCUGGCCCAGGAACUCAACCUGAACGAGUCCCAAAUUAAAAUCUGGUUCCAGAAUAAGAGGGCUAAGAUUAAAAAGGCCAGCGGCUACAAGAACGGCCUGGCUCUGCAGCUCAUGGCACAAGGACUCUACAACCACUCCACGACCACCGUGCAGGACGAGAAGGAGGACAGCGAAUAGACAAUGUCUUUUGGACGUCAUAAAGAGGACUGGAAGCGCGAGGAAACGGCUAUUUAAAAACGCACAUUUCUGUUCCACCCUAUAUGGACAUAAUUCUAUAAAUGGAGGAUCGUUAUUAAAGUUUAUAUAGCCACACAGUUAUCAUGUUGUAUGCAGUAUAUUUCAUUUCCUAUGUCCGGUUUGCAGCAUUUUCUGUGUUGUUUUUGGGUGUUUUGUGCUCUCUGUUCUCCAAACCGUAAUAUAUGCGCCAUAUUUCCCUCAGUUUGCAGAGUCAAACAAGCCAAAGAUUUUAAUAUGUUCACGUGUAGUCUGAAAGAAGAGAAAUUAUAAUAA